CUGGGACUCAUCUUGAACUCUUGGUCUCAAAGAAAUCCUCCCACUUACAACUCCGAAAGUACUGGGAUUACAGGCAUGAGCCACCAUACCCAGCCAUGUUCAUUAUCUUGAUUGUGUCAGCGGCCUCUUUGGUGUAAAAGAACGAGCUACGGAAGAUGGGAGAGAAGAAUGAGGAUGGAUGACUAAGAGCGAUGAUAGCCUACAAAGACACCCCAAGAAAGUGAAAUAUUUGCUUAUGAAUGAACAGGAAGGGAAGAAAUAGCUUUGUGCCUUUCUUGCAGUAGAUACUCAAUAGCCAUUUAUUUAAGAAUUUGGGCCGGGCGCGGUGGCUCAAGCGUAUAAUCCCAGCACUUUGGGAGGCCGAGGCAGGUGAAUCACGAGGUCAAGAAAUCGAGACCACCCUGGUCAACAUGGUGAAACCCCGUCUCUACUAAAAAUACAAAAAUUAGCUGGGCAUGGUGGCACAGGCCUGUAGUCCCAGCUACUCGGGAGGCUGAGGCAAGAGAAUUGCUUGAACCCAGGAGGCGGAGAUUGUGGUGAGCCGAGAUCACCCCAUUGCACUCCAGUCUGGGUAACAAGAGUGAAACUCCAUCUCACAAAAAAAAAAAGAAGAAUUUGGGCGGUCCUUAAAAGACAGGGCUUGCAUUCUUAGAACUGAGAAUCAAUAAGAAAAACUAUUCCUUUGAGAGGACCGUGGUAAUUUUAAGGCUAUGGGAUGACUUAUUUAAAUGGUUUGACCAGAACGUAGUUAAGCCCCUGUCUGCAUACAACUCUGUAUAGACUGAGUUUUCGAGUCUUUUGUUCCAGGCAUUCAUAGCCUGAAACUAUAUCAAAAUGUUUGCAGAUAGAUUGCAUUGAAAACAUUUGUUUUGGGGCCGGGCACGGUGGCUCAAGCCUGUAAUCCCAGCACUUUGGGAGGCCGAGGCGGGUGGAUCAUGAGGUCAAGAGACCUAGACCAUCCUGGUCAACAUGGUGAAACCUCGUCUCUACUACAAAUACAAAAAAUUAGCUGGGCGUGGUGGUGCGUGCCUGUAAUCCCAGCUACUCAGGAGGCUGAGGGGGAGAAUUGCCUGAACCCAGGAGGCGGAGGUUGCGGUGAGCCGAGAUCGCGCCAUUGCACUCCAGCCUGGGUAACAAGAGCAACACUCCGUCUCAAAAAAAGAAAAGAAAACAUUUGUUUUUAGACAAACUUAUUUCGGUUUUUCUACCAAGUAGAGCCAUUCAGCCAGCCUAAUUUUGCUAGGUUCACACAGCUUCUAGGAUCUGAAACAAACCUGAUCAACUGGAUUCUGAGUCCUGAACCUCGCUGGCCAAGGGCACUAGGAAGAUGUUACUGAUACAGAGUCAGAGAAGACAUAGGCAACUGAUCCAAUACAGAACCAGAGAGUAGGGAUGUGGGAGUGAAAACUGCAUCUGAUUUCUGCUCAGAAAAACCUGUGUUUGAAUCUUGGCUCCCUUGGGGAGACUCUGAACAUAUCACUCAGUUUCUCUGGUUCAGUUUCCUGCGGCUGUGAAUGAAAAACUCCAUUUCUCUCAGAUUCAGCUUCCUGUGAAAAACUGGAAUAUAAAGUUGUUGUGAGGAUUAAAUAAGACAAUGUAUAUGAAGGUAUCUUAGAGUCUGCAAAGUGUUAUGUAAAUGGAAGGUAUUAUAAAUUUGUGGUUAUGGACUUGUUAACGAAGUGAUGUGUUAACACUACGCUUAAGCAAAUGUUUCUAUUAUUAGUUUCUGAGAGCAGGAGAAUCACGUACAAUAUAUAGAGAGAGGAUGAGCCAUCACUAAUUCAAUACUAAUUCAAAUGCUUAUUGGCAGCACAGCAUACGGUGUGCCAAGAGGGUUUUCAGUACCCGAGAUACAGCAGAUAAAAAGAUCAUAAUACCUGUCCUCAAUGAACUAGUAAAAGCAAAGAGGGCUGCAAAAAGUCACUUGGGUCAAAUUUGGGAUUAUAUCAUUGCGGAGAUCAUGUAGAAUGGUAUUUUUCAGUUGCUGACGUCACAAAAAUCACACAAAAAAAGUGAAACAAACGAUAUACACAAGUGAUAGACACUAAACUGGUAAAAAUCUCAGAUUAUCAGGAGGAAGUCACUUCUAAAGUCCUCCCCACCCACAAUUGCUACUCCCCUGCCCAACCUACCACCUCAAGAAUUUUGACUGAUUACGAACUGAAUGGAGGGACAGAAGAUGGGAACCACGUGCUUUACAUCUGGGGUUAAUGUCCAUAAUAAGAUAGAAUGUGUCCUGGAGAAAAGUAGCCUAGGGAAGGGAAAUAGAGACUGUCCCGGGUGGUGAGCAUAGACGAUGGUGGGAAGGUGGCAUCUGAGCCUGAAGGAAGUGAGGGAGCCAUCCACGUGGAGACCUGGGGAAUCCCAUGCCCACCAAGAGGAAGAGAGCAGAUGGCCCUGAGGUGAGAGCACAUCUAGUGUGCGCAGGAGACAGCAAGGGGGUCAAGGUGGCCACAGAGGAAUAAGGGGGCAGAGGUUGGUGACAGAAAAAAAUUAAUAAAAAAGAUCAGAAGUAAAUGGGCCAGAGGGGGUGGGAGAGCCACCAAAGACACUGGAUGUUAUGUUGUAGGACUUUCUCCUUGGUUCAGCUGAAAGCUAGGUUCUUGUCACAAGGCCAUGAGAGAGUCGGUUCGCAUACAAUUUGAAGGGUCAGAAAAAUGGAAUGUAUUGGGCAAAAAGGGAAAAAGGCGGGGGGCGGGGAGCGGAAACGAACUCUCGGCAGAGCGAGAGUCCUGCUAGCCAGUUUUUCCGCCUCCCAGAUUGAAUCCCAGGUACCAUCAAGGACCAGGAGGGUCCAGGCUCCUCCCCACUGGGAAUGGCACGGCGUGGAGGGGGGAGGCGGAACCUCCCGAGGCUCCACCUCCGUGUGCAUUCCUCCCAGUGCACAUUCCUCCCAGUGCCGGAAGGUCACAGGUUCUGCUGGGGGACUUUACCACCUGGCUGUCUCGGUUACUCUGGGUGAGAUGGGGAGCUGUUGAAAGACGUUGAGCAGAAGAGCAACAUGAUCUGAAUGGUUCCGAAUAACUCAGGCCACUGUGUUGAGAGCAGACUGCAGGGAGCGAGCUCAGAGCAGAAAGCUCAGAGAAGUGAAAGGCCACUGAAAUAAUCCAGGGGAAAGGAGGAGACCUGUACCAGGGUGGGAGCGGUGUUCAUGGGAAGUGGUUGGAUCUGGCAUAUGGUUUGCAGGUAAAAACAACAGGAUUUGCUGACAAACUGGAUGUGAGGUGUAAGAGAAACGGAAGUAUAUAGAUGCAUUCCAAGUUUUUCAGCCUGAACAGGUGGAAGGGUCAAUUGGCAGUGACUGAAGAAAAGGUGCAUGGGAAUUGGCUUAAGCAGGAUUGCCUUGAGAAGUCAAGAAUCAUUGUUCCACUUACUUCUGUUGUGAUAAGUGAGGGAGUCAGGAUUUAAUGAGUAAAGUUGGAGAAAGAAUUUAGCCAAUUUGAAUGAAGGGCAUUCCAAGAAUAGGUUGAGAAUAUAGAUGCAAAAUAUGAGGGUGAGUGAUGGGCCCGCCUAGUGAGUUUGCUGGAACGGGUUAGAGCAGAUGGUUGAGUUGAGGAGUAGGGAGGAGAAGGCAGGAAGUUGAGGGAGCACAAGAUGAAGACUUGUAUCUUGCUGUUUUAAGAUUUCAUCACUAGGGCCACAGGAGGGGGCAGCAGGUUAAAAACAGGUGGUAGACAAUAUCCUGUUGGUUGUAGCCUUGAGAUGUGUGAGUGAAGAGCAAGGUAAGAAUUUCAACAAAGACAACAAAGAUGAAAAGAAAAUAUUAGUCUAUGGCAUAUAGAUGGGGAGAAAUCUUAAGAAAAACUGCUGGAUUUAGAACAUACUAUUCUCACGGCAGGAAGAGUAACAUAUAUUUUUAAGUGGCCUUCCAUUUCGCUUACUCUCCAUCCAAUCUAUUCACUUCUAUGGGUUCUACCUCCAAAGCAUUUCUUGGAUCUGUCCACGUCUGUUGGAUUCCACUGCUAAUACUCUGUUCCAGGUGAGUAAGAUCUCUUCUCUUGGCUAUUGCAACUUCUUCCAAAAUGUCCCUCCACUUCUGCUCUUGUCUUCUUCCAAUUUAUUUCCCAUACAGGUAUAAGAAAGAAAGUAUUAAAAUGUCUAUCAAACAUUUUCUGAUGGCUGGGAUAUUCUCCUUAAAGUUCAAUGACUCCCCAUUUCUCUUAGAAUAAAUUAUAAUGAUAACAGCACACUUGUGGCACAUACCAUGUGUCAGGCACUAUACUAACAACAUGACACAGAUUAAUGUAUAUAAUAUUCAAUUCUAUGAGGCAGGUGCUGUUAUCAUAAUUUAUAUCUAUCUGAUGAGGAAACUGAGGCACUGGGAGGUGGUUCAUUCAGGAUGCCUGUCUUAACCUGGAUUUCCCAGAAAGCGGAGCCCCGAUAAAUAUAUAUGUGCCGCUCCUCUGUUGGGGAUUGCAAUCUCAGAAAUGCAGGAGGGAGUCAGGCAGAGAAGGACCACCAUUUUCAAGAAAAGACCCCAGCAUGGCAUUAAGCACAUAUGAUUGCUUGGUCUUGCAUUACCAUUGCUACCCUGGACAUUCCGUCUGGGUAGAGGAGAAGAAGAAUUUAUUCACCGGCAUCUCUCACUCUUUGGUCAGAGAUUUACUCCAUGGGGCAUUGCCUCCCUUGCACUUGUGCCCACAGGCAGACCUUUGCACCAGGAGGAUUGCACUUAGGCAAAAGACAGUAGGUGUGACAGGGCAUAAGGCAGGGAUUACCAGGUUAGUCCACAUGAAGCCCGUCAGAACCCAGGCAGAGCUGCCUGUCACACUGACCACUGGAGCAGAGCAAGUAGCUAAAUACCCUCAGGACGCAUGAGGCCAGAGGACCUGAAGUAGUGCACAAGUGGCUGACACAUACAGGCAGUGAGGAAUCAAGCUGGGGUACAAACGCCGGCAGCCUGGCCUCAAAGCCCAUACAUUUAAAAUUGCUCUGAUACGCUGCCUUGCAGAAUAAGAUCCAAACCCUUUACCAUGCCCUACAGUAUCCUGCAUGAUCUAGCCCCUACCAUCUGUCCAACUCCAUCUUGCAACUUCUUUUCCUCCCUCACAAAGCUUCAGGAGCUUGUUCUUUCAGUUCCUAAAUUCCACUCCAUCCUUUCCUGCCACAGGACCUUAAUGCAUGAGUCCCUCUGUGCGGAUGCUUUUUCUUCCUCUUUUGUGUGGCAAACAUUUCUUAUCUUUUAGUCACAGUUUAAGUGUUGCCUUCUAGAGAGGCCUUCCUGACCACUCUGUAAAAGAGGACUUCCUCCUUGUAAUUCUUCCCUUCCACUCUGUGUGUGUUUCUUUCACAAUAGUGAUCACAGUUUGAAGUAGUUUUAUUCAUUUCUUUGAUAACUUCUUUUUCGUUUCUGUCUCCAGGAGAAUGUAAGCCUAUGGAGACAAGGACAGUGUCUGUCUUCCUCACCGUUACAGCCUCAGCAUGGAGCUCAGUGCCUGACCCAAGGAGAUGCUCAAUACUUGUAGGAUGAAUGAAUUAAGGGCUCUUAUAUGAGAAAUAGCUUUUUCUUUUGAGAUGGAGUCUCGCUAUCACCCAGGCUGGAGUGCAGUGGCACUAUCUUGGCUCACUGCAACCUCUGCCUCCCAGGUUCAGGCAAUUCUCCCACCUCAUCCUCCCAAGUAGCUGGGAUUACAGGCAUGUGCCAUCACGCCUGGCUGAGUUUUGUACUUUUAGUAGAGAUGGGGUUUCACUGUGUUGGCCAGGAUGGUCUUGAACUCUUGACCUCAGGUGAUUUGCCUGCCUCAGCCUCCCAAAGUGCUGGGAUUACAGGUGAAAGCCACCGUGCAGAUUUUAAGGUGGUAUUUUCUACAUCACUAUUUGAAGUAAAAACACUGUGGAGUUACUGAAUGGACAAAUGAAUGAUGCUAAUGUGUGAAGGAAGAUAACGGACUGGAAGGAAAUUAGAUGAAUGGCCUGUCUCUCUCAAGUUUCCUUCCAGCUCUAAGAGUCCUUGAACCAUGGAGUAUAUUUUUAAGGAAGUGCAAAGGAACAGGAAGGAAGCAAAAGUAGGAAUUCCUUAGGAAGUUCAGAAUAGAAAAGCUAGAGAAUCUGUCCCAUAGUAUGGCAAACAGGGAGUUAUUUAAAGCAAGGUUUUGAAACCAUGAACCUCUAAAUGGCUUACAAAAAUCCAGGAGCACUCAUAAAAUUGUAUACAAAGCAUGUCUCCAUAUCUGCAUGUGCAACUUUCUAAGCAAUAGUUUCUAUUGUAUUUGAAAAGGAACUCAUACCCUUUACAUAGUUAGAAACACUAAUUAAUUGCAGAAACAGAUGAGUCUACAGAUAAUCUAGACUCACUUCCUCCGUUUUCAAAUGAAGACAUCAAGGCCCAAAGAUGUUAUGGGAACAAAACAUCUGAACCUGCUAAAAUGCAAACACAAUAAAUGAGGUGACAAGGCCCAAGAUUCUCGAUUCCCAUUCUAGCGUUCUUUGUUAUGCCACAAUACCUUCCUGAAAUUGAGUUAUAAAAUACUAUGUGAAGAAAAGAGAAAUGUUUAAUAUCUUGGAAAAUCGAAGAGAAAAUCUAAACUGAUAGCAAAGGUAAAUGUAAUUGAAUCUCAAGGCUGGAGGAGCCUCCAAAGGUCGACCAAACAGUUCCCUGACUACAGGCAAAAACCCUGUGAACAGCCUGGAAUUAUCAUUUUUCAAGAUGGUUAAGGAAUAUGAAAGAAUCAAAAUAAUUAUUUAGCACUUAAAAAUCAAAUACUAGCUGGGCACGCUGGCUCACGCCUGUAAUCCCAGCACAUUGGGAGGCCGAGGCGGGUGGAUCAUGAGGUCAAGAGAUCGAGACCAUUCUGGUCAACAUGGUGAAAAUACAAAAAAUUAGCUGGGCAUGGUGGCGCGUGCAUGUAAUACCAGCUACUCAGGAGGCUGAGGCAGGAGAAUUGCCUGAACCCAGGAGGCGGAGGUUGCGGUGAGCCGAGAUCGCGCCAUUGCACUCCAGCCUAGGUAACAAGAGCGAAACUCCGUCUCAAAAAAAAAAAAAAAAAUCAAAUACUAGAUUAUCCUUAUUCAUAAACAUGAGCAUGAAUAUAGUUGUCUCUUGGUAUCCAUGAGGGACUGGUUCCAGGGCUUGCCCGAUACCAAAAUCUACAGGUGCUCACAUCCCUUAAAUUAAGUGGCGUAGGACUUGCCUACAACCUCCGCAUACUCUCGUUUACUUUAAAUCAUCUCUAGAUUCUUCCUAAUGUCUAAUACAAAGUCUACACCCCACUUCAUUUGCAUGGAUUCAAUGUAGCACUUGGCAUACAGCACAUUCGUUUGCUUUUUGAAAGUUUGUCGAAUAUUGUUUUCCAAAUAUUUUUCAUUUCUUGGUUGGUUGAAUUCACAGAAGCAGAACCCACCCACAUGGAGGGCCGACUGUACAUAUCAAAGCUUCCCACAAAAAAAGAAUUUAAGAAUAAAGGCAUAAACUGACCACCUAUCAAAAUCCAAUGCUCAGCUGUGAUGCAAUACCAAAACAGAAGCAUGCUGUGUGUUCUAAUAACUGCUGAGAUAACUAAGUGUGGUGAACAUUUGACUCUCUCUCACAACGUGAGCUAAAGGACAAAUUAAGUAAAUUAAUUGCACAAUCUCUAGUCCUCCAUUUAGGCAAUUAGUCAACUUUUGUUCAGAAAACAUCAGACUGUUGGGAUACCUGAAUUAAACUUCUUGCAACUGCCACUAAUUUCUGGGCGUGGACAAGUCACUUUCUCUAGUUCUCAGCUUCCUCCAUCUUCACAGUGGAAAACGGUUAACCUUAGACAGGGGUUUUCAACUUGCUUUGUCAUUUUAUUUUAUUUUAUUUAUUUUGAGACGGGAGUCUCACUCUGUUGCCAGGCUGGAAUGCAGUGGCUCAAUCUUGGCUCACUUCAACCUCUGCUUCCUGGGUUCAAGCAAUUCUCCUGCCUCGGCCUCCUGAGUAGCUGGGACUACAGGUGCAUGCCACCAUGCCCAGCUAAUUGUUGUAUUUUUAGUAGAGACGGGGUUUUACCAUGUUGGCCAGGAUUGUCUUGAUCUCUUGACCUUGUGAUCCACCCACCUCAGCCUCCCAAAGUGCUGGGAUUACAGUCAUGAGCCACUAUGCCCAAUCUUAUUUUUUUUCAUUUGCUAUCAUGUUGCUGUUGUUACCACCCACACAGUAAGACAUAUUUUUUUAUUAUCUGCAUCGGUAAACAUAUAUGCUCAUGACUGAAACAAAAGUUUUGCAAGACAAUAUUGAUGCUCAGUAUAUUCAGUGCACUUUGAUAUUUUCUAGUCUAUUAGAUUAUGUCCUGUUUUUAAAAAUAUGUAUAGGUCAUAACUCAUUACAUUGAUUUAAUAACCUAUGCAUGGGUCACAAUCUACAGGUUAAAAAACAUGAAGAUCACUUGCAGUUUUCCUAUUCUACCAAUAAACUCUCUGCAAGAACCACAAGUCAAUAGUACAAUCAAUUUACUUGAAAUUCUAUUUUCUCCCUUUCUAUGUCAUGGGUGAUAAUGGGCAGUGAUAAAGAAUUACAAGUAGAGAACGGGAAAUUAAGUGCUUUGAGCAUCCAUGAGAGGAAAUUCUGCCAGUAAGUAAUUUAACAUUAACUAGAGAGAAAGGACAUCCACAACUAGGAAGACAGGACAUCCACAGUUGGAAAGUUUUCACUGACGUUUUUUUUUUUAACCUGCCUAUGAACUGUUCAAGUUUUAAGACUUUUCCAAGAAAAUGAUUGAGAGAAGGUGGGGAUAGAAAGGAGAGAAGGAGAAGGAAGGGGGAGAAAAGGAAAGGAGGAAAAAGAGGUGAAUGUUCAAAUGUUGGUGGGUGGUGCUGACCCCCUACACUAGUGCGAGCCUCAGUCCAGGCAGAAACCCCCUCUACACACGUGAGAAGGAAGCUACUGGGCCGUGGCAUCACUCUGCACUGCCAGAACACUUCUUAGAAAUCAAAACCUGACCAUUACAAGUCUACAAAACAUUCUUCAGUGCCUUCUCAGCCUUCACAGGGUAAAGCGCAAACUCUUCAGCACGGCACACCAACAACUCAUGACCUGGUAGCAUCUUUCCCUUCUCCCCAAAACCGUCCACAACCACAAUGUACACACACCAUCACCAGUUGCAUAGAGUCCUUCAAGUUCUCCGAACACCCCUUCCAAUGCUGCUUUGAUUUGGUUUCCACUCCUCUCUCAACAGUUUAAUAGAAGCAUAUUCUUUACUUCCUAGCUGUCCAUUUGUAUUUCCUGUUAAGACAGCACAUCUACAAUGACUUCAAUUCCCAAAGGCUCUGGAAUCUUGUUUUGCUUUUUUCUCCUUAUUUUGGGGUUUCAUUGGGCUCACCUCUGUUCAUCUUCUUUUCUUUUCUUUCUUCUUUUUUUUUGGGGGGAGCAGAGUCUCGCUCUGUCUUCCAGGCUGGGAUGUAGUCAGUGCUUUGAUCUCAACUCACCGCAACCUACACUUCCCGGGUUCAAGAAUACCCUCCGCUCUGCCUCCCUCUUCUAGUCCUUCAAGUCUCAGCACGUAUAUCCCUUUUCUGUCAUUCCCACCUGGUCCAUGCCCCUCCAACACUGUGCUUACCCCAGUCACAGAUGCUAAUGCAGGGUAUUGCCUGCUCACCUUCCCCACUUGACCCUGAGUUCCAUGAGCGCAGGGAUGGUGUCCACCCUGUUCAAAGUGAACCGUGUCCAACACCCAGUAGGAAUCCCAUAAGUAUUUGUUCGCUGAGUAUGGAAGGACUCUCCUGUAUUCUACUUGUCCUAGCUCUGAAUCUCAGUUAUAAUGGUUGGCAGUCAAGUGUGAUCAGAUUAAGUAGAUAAUCUCUAGUAUGACAAAACUUUAGCAAAAGCUUCACAUAAAAAGUGAAGUAUGGGCGGGGUGUAGUGGCUCACACCUGUAAUCCAAGCACUUUGGAGGCCAAGGUGGGCGGAUCACCUGAGGCCGGGAGUCCAAGACCAGCCUGACCAACACAGUGAAACCCUGUUUUAAAAAAAUAAAUUAAAUUAAAAAUUUUUUUAAAGUGAAGUAUGGGCCAGGUAUAGUGGCUCACACCUGUAAUCUCAACACUUUGGGAGGCUGAGACGGUGGAUCGCGAGGUCAAGAGGUCGAGGCCAUCCUGGCCAACGUGGUGAAACCCUGUCUCUACUAAAAAUACAAAAAUUAGCUGGGCAUUAGGCACGCGCCUGUAGUCCCAGCUACUCAGGAGGCUGAGGUGGAAGAAUCGCUUGAACCCGGGAGGUGGAGGUUGCAGUGAGCCAAGAUUGCGCCAUUGCACUCCAGCCUGGCGACAGAGCAAGACUCCGUCUUAAAAAAAAAAAGUGAAGUAUGAAUCUUUUACCCAUUAAAAAAAUGAUAAUGAUUAAGCAGAAUGGGAAUGCUGGCAACCAGUCAAGAGAACGUUAUCCUCCUAAACGGCCCCUCCAAAACAACUUGAAAUUCACAGUGAAAAACUCAGAAAACAGAAAACCACAGUGGAGGGUGAACAGAUUUUAAGAAAUUUCAUAUUUGGACUAAAUCCCUUUUAUUAGUGGAAAACAGAGGGAAAUGUGGCUAAUUGUAAAAAUCUUGUGUGUGAAGGAAGGCAAAGCACCUCUAAAACUCAAAGAUACACUCCUACCUUGAUUAGUAAAAGAGCAGAAUUUCACUCAAACAAUAAAUCACUGGUGUGAGGAGCGAGUCACAUGGGCUCAUAUAAUUCAUUCCUAAAAUACUAUAAAUAAAACAAGAAAUGACUAAUUAAAUCCAACAAGGGAUGAUGAUAAGAGCAAGGAAGAUAAUGAAUGUUAUCCCAAAGAAAGGACAAAAUGAAAUAUUGCAUUUUAGAAAAGGAACACAGGCGAGGUGCGGUGGCUCACACCUGUAAUUCCAACAUUUUGGUAGGCCAAGGUGGGAGGAUUACCUGAGGUCAGCAGUUUGAGACCAGCUUGGCCAACAUUGUGAAACCCUGUCUCUACCAAAAAAAAAAAAAAAAUACAAAAAUCAGCCGGAUGUGUUGGUUCACAUAUGUAGUCCCAGCUACUCGGGAGUCUGAGAUGGGAGAAUUGUUUGAACCAGGGAGGCGGAGGUUGCAGUGAGCUGAGAUUGCACCACUGCACUCCAGCAUGGGAGACAGAGCGAAACUCCAUUUAAAAAAAAAGAAAAGAAAAGAAAAUGAACAGUGGUGAGCCCAAUGAAACCUCAAAAUAAGGAGGAAAGAAAAAAACACGAUUCCAGAGCCUUUGGGAAUUGAAGUCGUUUUAGAUGUGAUGCCUUAACAGGAAAUACAAGCGGACAGCUAGGAAGUGAAGAAUAUGCUUGUUAAACUGCUGAUAAAAGGCAGAUGACAGACUGUAAAGAACUAGGGACAUGGUUUAAAUCUCCUUGUCUCUAUGACAUACAGGAUAUCUCAAUUAGAUAAUGAUUUCUUUUCAUUUCCUGAAGAACAAGGAGGCUGAAUGAAGUAAAUGUAUUUGUUGGUUAUCGGAAAGAAUGAAGAAGCCUGCUUCCAAAUGCAUUUCCCAGUGAAUCCAAUUCCGGCCCUUCGUAAAUUCUUUGAAGAAAAUGUCUAUGAGCACAUGAAGAAAUGCAACCAACAAAAUAACAGGAAUUCUCAAGGGCGAUUCAGGAUGUGAUUACCUUUUCUUCAUUGUCGGGAUUGUGUCCUAAAAAUUACUGAUGGUUCUAUAUUGGGGGAGAAACUGUGAUUUUUAAAAGUUUUACACUUAGGUUUGUAUCAUCAAAAUUUCUAUAAUGGGCAUGUAUUACUAAUGGAAUAAAAAACACUCCCCUUCCACCCAUCUUCCACCAAAAAGAAAAAUUGUGAUAGGACAACAUCUAAAGAUCUAUUUGAUCUUUUGUGGCAAAAAUAUGAAAAAUGUGAUCCUAUCCUUCAAACAACUCCUAAGAUGAUCUCUGGGAGAUUAGACUAUUCAGAAGAACAUCAAAUCCCAGCUCUUAGAAGUGGAAAUUGGGGCCGGGCGCGGUGGCUCAAGCCUGUAAUCCCAGCACUUUGGGAGGCGGAGGCAGGUGGAUCAUGAGGUCAAGAGAUCGAGACCGUCCUGGUCAACAUGGUGAAACCCCAUCUCUACUACAAAUACAAAAAAUUAGCUGGGCAUGGUGGCGCAUGCCUGUAAUCCCAGCUACUCAGGAGGCUGAGGCAGGAGAAUUGCCUGAACCCAGGAGGCGGAGGUUGCGGUGAGCCGAGAUCGCGCCAUUGCACUCCAGCCUGGGUAACAAGAGCGAAACUCUGUCUCAAAAAAAAAAAAAAAAAAAAGUGGAAAUUGGAGGACAUAGUUCCAGUGGUAGCAGGGGCUUAAAUAACCCCUUCCGCCUGGGCAGAGGUGAACUCUGUGGUGGUAUUGCUAUUAUGUGACAGUAAGUAACAAGCACGGUUAGGAGAUUUUUAUUUUAGUGACUUAGUCAUCGCCAAGUUCUUGAUCAAAAAAACAGAAACUAAAUCAGCUGGCUCAGAUAUUUUGAAAGUACGUUUAUUUUUAAGGACACCAGAACCAUGAAAACAUGAUUCAGUCCAGCCUCGUGGGAGCUGCAGAUGGGAACUGGUGAGCUGUCGGGUUGGGGUCCAUGCUGCAGAAGUCCUGGCAGCCUCGUGGCCUCUUUCCUUUGCUCUGUGCUGAAUAUCUGCCCCAUUCUUAUCUCAGCAGACCAGAUCCCUUGACUUAUUCAGAAUUUCUGCUCUCUUGUGAUUUGGCCCGGCACGUGACUUUUGUUGGGCCAUAAAACCGCCCCCAGACAUGAUGCUACGUGACAGAUAGGCUCCCGGCAGCCAGCACAAACUUUCAGAGAGCCAGUUUCACGUUGAAAAGAAAAGAUGUUGAUUGUCUCAGCCUGGGUGAGGUGUACAACCCUGUUUACAUCUGCUGUGGCAGAGGCACUAGGAUACAUUUUAUCAGUGACCACUUUGGCUCAGCUCUUCAACAGAGGCUUAUCAGGGCUAAGUUCCAGAGAAGGAGACUUUGUGUCAAGUGUCCAAAAUAUAUUUAUUACCUUUGAAUAAGCAUCUUCGGAUGAAUCUGCACACCUUCUCCCUAUCCACAGUCUCACUCCUACAGUGGCCCACCUCUUCCUGGCUGAAACAGAAAGCAACUCACUCAUACUAAAGUACUGGUGACUGACCCAGUGACUUUACAGCAAAUCAUUACUCUUCCCAGGAAUUGACUAAAUUUAAUUUUCUCUAAAAAGACAGAAUUUUGACUGUUUUUAUUUUAUUUAAUUUUGAGACGGAGUCUUACUCUGUCGCCAGGCUGGAGUGCAGUGGCGCAAUCUCGGCUCACUGCAACCUCCGCCUGGGUUCAAGCGAUUCUUCCGCCUCAGCCUCCCGAGUAGCUGGGACCACAGGAGCGUGCCACCAUGCCCAGCUAAUUUUUGUAUUUUUAGUAGAGACGGGGUUUCACCAUGUUGACCAGGAUGGUCUCGAUCUCUUGACCUCGUGAUCCACCCGCCUCGGCCUCCCAAGAUAAUUUAAUUCUUACAAUAACCCAAGCAACAGAGUGUGUUAAUUAGGAUAAUAUUAACUGUGGUAACAAAUAAAUACUGAAAAUACAUGCCUUAAAUAAAAUAAAAGUUUACUUCGGAUAGGUGUUUCUCCAUCUGGGUCUGUAGAUGGUUUUCCUCCAUUUGGUGAUUCAGAAAUCAAGAAAUCAAGGGUUUUUUUUUUGUUUUCCCUGUGGCUCUGCCAUCUCCUAAACCUCACUGUCAACUGAGGUCAGCCAGGGAGGAAAAAAGAAAGUGUGGAGAAGUGACCCAGAUCUUAAAGAGCCUGGCCUGGAAGUGACACCCUUCAAGUCCACUAUUGGUGAGAACAAGUCUCCAGGCAACGGCGGGAUGCAAGGGUGUGAGAAAUGUAUCUCUGUUAGUAUGUUUUAUUUUAUGAGACAGAGUUUCGCUCUUGUUGCCCAGGCUGGAGGGCAAUGACUCCAUCUCAGCUCACCGAAACCUCUGCCUCCCAGAUUCAAGCGAUUCUCCUGCCUCCACCUCCCAAGUAACAGGGAUUACAGGCAUGUGCCAGCAUGCCGGGCUAAUUUUGUAUUUUUAGUAGUAGAGAUGGAGUUUCUCCAUAUUGGUCAGGCUGGACUUUUAACUCCGGACUUCAGGUGAUCUGCCCACCUCGGCCUCCCAAAGUGCUUGGAUUACAGGCCUGAGCCACCGCACCAAGCCUGAAAAAUUAGUUUUUUAUCAAUCUGGAUUUGCACUUUGUUUUCACAUUUUAAUAUCUCUUCAAUAGGAAUGUAUUGUCAAUCAAUGGCAAGUUUAUUAUUCAAGGUAAACUCAGAUUUGGUUGGCAGCAUUUUUCCUUUCUUGGUAGUACAGAUAGAGCACAUGCUUUACAAUCAAUGGAAUCUUAGGCUAGAUGAAAUUUGGUUUUAAAAUAUGGAAGAGGGGGCUGGGCGCAGUGGCUCACGCCUGUAAUCCCAGCACUUUGAGAGGCCGAGGCGGGUGGAUCACGAGGUCAAGAGAUCGAGACCAUCCUGGUCAACAAGAUGAAACCCCGUCUCUACUAAAAAUACAAAAAUUAGCUGGGCAUGGUGGCGCAUGCCUGUAAUCCCAGCUACUCAGGAGGCUGAGGCAGGAGAAUUGCCUGAACCCAGGAGGCGGAGGUUGCAGUGAGGCGAGAUCGUGCCAUUGCACUCCAGCCUGGGUAACAAGAGCAAAACUCCGUCUCAAAAAAUGAAAAAUAAAAAAAUAAAAUAUGGAAGAGGGAGGAGAAAUUUUGCCUCUUCCUCAGUUUGUUCUUUUCACCAAAUAUCUGUAUAUACCCUUCUUUCCUCAUUCUAAAGACAUACCCUGAAGUCCGAUCCAGUUCGUGCAUACAGCUCAAAGUCCAGCAUCUCUGGGUGAUAUGGAGUCUUCUCAUCUAAAGCUCUCUUCAGUUUGGUGAUAUACAAACAUAUUUAAAAAUUCCCUGCCCCUCUAAUAUGUAAUUAUAAGACAGGGACAAGAUAACCACAACAGAAGUUCCUAUUAAGAAGGACCCAGAAGUAGGGUUUGGGCCUAGGUAACGGGGCAGAGAUGUGGUUCAAGAUUCUCCCCAGACUCUUUGCCAUGGGCGUGCGCUUGCUUAUUCCAGGACUGGCUACUUUGUACAUCCACAGGUUCACUAAUGGGGGCAAGGGAAAAAGAGCUGCCUAUUUUUUGUAUCACUGGGAUUUGAUGGAAAGAGAUAGGCACAUCUCUGGAGUUGAUUGUUACUACAUGUCAAAGGGUUUGGAGAACAUUGAUUAAGGAAGCAUUUUCCUGAUUGAUGAAGAAAACAACUGUUAUGGCCAUUGCCCCCUGCUGGAAGUUCAUACAGUGCACUAUGUAGCAUGCAGUGUGUUAUGUAGUGCUUAAUAAAAAUAAAAUGAAAAAAAAAGAAGCUCCUAGUAAGAAAGGGAAGAACUGUGAAUACACGGCAGUCAUCGGUCCGUUCUAGUAAUGGAUACUGUCUUUUAGGUUAUCAGAAACUUGAUUUUUAAAAUGCUUUGCAAAGGCCAGGUGCGGUGGCUCAUGCCUGCAAUGCUACCACUUUGCGGAGCCAAGACGGGUGGAUCACGAGGUCAGGAGUUUGAGACCAGCCUGGCCAACGUGGCAAAAUCAUGUCUCUACUAACAAUACAAAAAUUAGCUGGGCACGGUGGUGGGCAACUGUAAUCCUAGCUCCUCAGGAGGCUGAGGCAAGAGAACUGCUUGAACCUGGGAGGCAGAGGUUGCAAGUGAGCUAAGAUCCCACCACUGCACUCCAUCCUGGGUGACAGAGCGAGACUCACUCUCAAAAAAUAAUAAAAUAAAAUGCUUUGCCAAGACAUAACACGGAUCUCCAUCUUUCUAGCACCCAAUAUCUCCUUUUUUUUUUUUUUUUUGCUAUCUGCUACCCAAGUGUUCAGAGAGUAAUAGUUACUUUAGGUAUUUAUUGUAGCAGUACUUUUUUCAAGGUAGCAAUUUUUUUUAUCAAUUAGGGUAAUGUUAGAGGCAGUAGAUAAUAGACCCCAAAUGUAUGGCUCAAACUUAAUAGAUGUUUAUUUCUCAUUAUUUUAAGCACCCAAAGCAUCUGUCCCAUUGGCGGUCAUCUUUCCUCUAUAGUGUGAUUCAAAUAUCUAGUCUUCCUCCAUCCUGUGGUUCAGUCUUCCCCUAGAGCAAAUCUGUAAAUGAAUCUCGCUGGUGGAAAGAGAAAGAAUAGAGAAAGUAUACCUUCUUCCUAAAUCUUGACCUGAACAUGCCACACCUCAUUUCUGCUCAGAUUCCACGGGUUAGAACUAAAGGAAGGAAAGAAGAAAGGAAGGAAGGAAGGAAGGAAGGAAGGAAGGAAGGAAGGAAGGAAGGAAGGAAGGAAGGAAGGAAGGAAGGAAGGAAGGCCACAUCAGGUACAUGAGGAGUGGGGAAAUGAAGUCCUUGUCUGAGCAGUUUGCAGUGACAACUCCAUUCUCCAUUGGGGAAGCAUGAAUUCUGGCAGACAGCUAGCUGUUUCUGAUAUAAGAAGAUAAGGAUUGAAUCUUGAAUUACAGAACUUUAGUGGUGGGGGAAUAAUUUUUUAAUAGUAUUAAGUAGUUCCUCAUAGGGUACCUCAAAUUGUAACAUAUCAGUAACCACCGACUCUGUCUCCUAAGUCUUAUGUCCGUGUAUUAUUUUGAAAUAUUAGAUUAAAUUUAUAUGACAAGAAAUAGAACCAAAAACAAGAAUGGUGACUUUAAAAAGUAGCCUGCACUGGUAGUAGCAAUCAUAGAGUAGAAGUAGCUGGCAUUAUUUUUAGAGAUUUCUAUAUACCAGGCACUGGACUGAGUCCAUUUUAAGCAUGAUUUUAUUUAAACCUUAUUAGCAUCCCAAUGAGAUGAGGAAAUUUAGAGGUAAAAUGACCUGCUGGGUUAAAGAAUAUCUAAGAGUAUCUCAUUUCAGGGACUGGUUCCAACAAUUGUAGGGGAGAAAAAUAAUUUUUCUUCUACCCUCUUAGGUUUUCUAACUGGGGCCCUGGAAUUUAAGCCAACAGAAGGCAGACUAACAGGAGAAAAACAGUUUCAUACAUACCUAUGCAUGGUAUGUUCACGAAGAAAUGAGACUCAAGGAGGCAGCCAGAUGAUUGAGGGUUAUGUAUCAUCAUAGGCUAAGCAAAAGAAAAGGGAUUUGGGGUUUCGGGGUGAGGGAGGCAAGUAUUA